AUGGAUGCAGCAGGUUCUCCAGUCCUCUGGUUGCGAAGGCCUUUCGCAUUCAUCAAUUCUCGGAUGUACGUCCAGCGACUCAAGAACUUCUCGGAGUAUACUGCCGACGGCAGACCCGUGCUCGAUACGUUCGCGGAGGACCCACGCCGCAUCCUCACCCUCGCUGACGAGCCUCAGCCGGAACCAGAGCCUGAUGAGAAUACCUUUACCCAGUUGGCCCAUAUAGAUGGUGGCUUCUGGGCUUGGGAUUUUGGCCUUCAAGAUGCGACUGGGAUCCCCUUUGCUCGCGUGGAUCGCAAGUUCCGUGGGUUUGGUCGCGAACUCUUCACUGAUACAGGCCACUUCUCUGGAACUCGAUACCUCCAGGACGGUGGUAUUGAUGAGACUGAGCCGUAUUCUCUCCGCAACCUGAACAUGGAAGAACGAGCAUUGGUGCUGGCAACUGCUGUAAACAUCGACUUUGACUACUUCUCGCGACAUUCUUCCGAAGGUGGGGGAUUCGCCCCUUUCCUCCUGUUGGCGGCUUUGUUCGAGUGA